AUGACAAUCCACAACAUCCCAGAACUCCAAUGGGCCCAGGUAGUCGAGAAGAAAGGCGGCCCCCCAAUCUACAAACAAAUCCCUGUCCCCAAGCCCGGCCCCGAUGAAGUUCUCAUCAACAUCAAAUACACAGGCGUCUGCCACACAGACCUCCACGCCAUGAACGGCGAUUGGCCUCUCCCCCUCAAGCUCCCUCUGGUAGGCGGACAUGAAGGCGCCGGAAUUGUGGUAUCCAAAGGCGAACUGGCCCAGGGAAUCGAGAUCGGCGACCACGCAGGCAUCAAAUGGCUCAACGGAUCUUGUCUUGCCUGUGAAUUCUGUAAGACGGCCGACGAGCCGCUUUGCGCAGAGGCCCAGCUGUCGGGUUACACGGUUGAUGGCACUUUCCAGCAGUACGCGAUUGGAAAGGCGGCUCAUGUGACCAAGUUGCCCAAGGAUCUUGCGCUGGAUGCUGUUUCGCCGAUUCUGUGUGCUGGUAUUACGGUUUACAAGGGGCUGAAGGAGUCUGGGGCUCGGCCUGGUCAGACGCUUGCUAUUGUUGGGGCUGGGGGUGGACUUGGCUCGUUGGCGAUGCAGUAUGCUAAGGCUAUGGGGCUGCGGGUUAUUGCUAUCGAUGGAGGCGAUGAGAAACGCGCUAUGUGUGAGCAGCUUGGUUCGGAGGCUUAUGUCGACUUUACUAAGUCUCAGGACCUUGUUGCAGAUGUCAAGGCUGCUACUCCGCAAGGCCUGGGUGCUCAUGCCGUGCUUCUGUUGGCCGUCUCCGAGAAACCUUUCCAGCAGGCUGUUGAAUACGCUCGUCCCCGUGGUGCCGUUGUUGCUAUCGGUCUACCCGCCAAUGCGUUCCUGAAAGCACCCGUUUUUGAAAGUGUGGUUAAGAUGAUCAACAUCAAGGGCAGCUACGUUGGUAACCGCCAAGAUGCUAACGAGGCUAUUGACUUCUUUGCUCGAGGAUUGAUUAAGGCACCAUUCAAGACUGUUCCCCUCAAGGAUCUUCCCAAGGUGUUUGAGCUCAUGGAGCAAGGCAAAAUCGCCGGUCGCUACGUACUUGAAAUGCCGGAGUAG